AUGUUGACUUACGGCUUUCCCAAAGUCUUUGCAAAUGCGCAGAGGCCGGCAGGACGAACUCUUUUCGAGUGCGAAUUUAUCCCCGAUCAUCGUAUUCCCAGUUUGCGUGCCGCAGACAAAUGGGGGCUCAAUCUUCGUAGUAUUCCACAGCCGUGUGUGGGAACAUCACCGGCGAUUCAAGAGCUGAUUCCCACGAUCAUGGACUGGAAAUUUCGCGAGAUCUGGGCUGGCCAUGGUCAGAUUACUUUUCCGCGCCGCUCUGCAUUUGAUCCUUGGUGCGGUUUGGAUAUUCUACAAUACGAAGGAAGCUUCCUUGCACGGAGUCUGACUGGCGAGCUUCGGUGUCGUGGUGAGAGUUCCAAGGUUUAA